CGAUUUACGAUCAUUUCAUUCAUUCCAUUCAACGUGUGCGUUUGAUUUUUUGGUGCUGAUUUCUUUCUUGGUGUGAUAAUAUACGAAAAUUAGUGUUUGGUUUGAAAAAAAUCGAAUUAGUAUUUCCCUGCGUUUCAAAUUAUAUAAUUGUCAUAUUUCUACGUUAGGAUUGAUAAAUUAUUUCUAUAUUGUUGAGAUAUAAAAAGUACACAUGCAUAAUGGCGGUGCUUGCAGCUGCUCAACUCUUGGACGAAUUGAUGGGACGGCAUCGGAAUACUAAUCCUAACGAGAAAAUAAAAAAGCCAAACUGGGAAGACUCUGAGUAUUGCAAGUAUUACUUGGUAAAGUUUUGCCCUCAUGAUCUUUUUGUCAAUACGAGGGCUGAUCUCGGAGUUUGCCCUAAAGUACACGAUGACGAGGUUAAAGAGCUAUUUGAAAAGGCUGAGUCGUCGUACAAGAAAGCACAGUACGUUGAAGAGUUUUUACGUUUCUGUAGGCACAUGAUCAAUGACGUUGAGAGGAAAAUACAAAAAGGCAAGCAGAGAUUGGAACUAAUGAAUUCUAAACCAGAAGGUCCUCCAAUGACUCAAGCUCAAACUGAAAAAAAUCAGGAACAAGUUCAGCUUUUAUCAGAAAAGGUCAAAUCAUUAGUGCAAGAGGCCGAGGAGGCUGGAACACGAGGAGAUGUGGAACAGGCCCAGGGUUUAAUGAAGCUAUGUGAUCGGUUGAAAGAAGAAAAAGAUCAGCUAUUGAAACAGCAAGAAAACAGCCAUUGGUCUAUGACUGUUGAGCUGGCCGCAGCUCAAGAGAAGCAGAUGGAAGUGUGUCCUGUCUGCGGUGCCUUUUUGAUUGUUGGUGAUGCUCAGCAGCGGAUUGAUGACCAUCUCUCUGGAAAACAACAUGUUGGGUUGCCAGAUCUGAGUGAAAUAAAAAAUGGUCACGUUAGGGAUGCCCAGCAAAGGAUCAUUGAUCAUCUCUCGGGGAAGCAACACAUUGGAUAUUUCAAACUCCGCCAGGCGUAUGAGGAAAUGAAUGAGGCUCGUGAAAAGGAGUUGCAAGAGAAAGAGAGGAGGCGUCGUGAAGACCGUGACAAAGAUAGGAGUUCUAGAGGGGGCGGUUUGGGGUCUGACAGACGGGAUAGGGAGCGGAUGGAAAGGGAUAGGGAGAGAGACGGGGACAAGGACAGGAAGGAUCGGGACAGGAGUGACCGCGAGCGGGAACGAGAGAGGGAUAAGGACCGUCAUCGUUCGAGUCGCGAUGACCGCAGCAGCCGCCAUGAAGAUCGCGACCGCGACCGGGACCGCGAGCGCGACCGCGACCGCAAACAUCGCAAGGACAGAAGAUCAUCCCGUGACCGCUCUCGCCGACGGUCCCGCGACCGUCACUAGCUAUACACUGAGGUAUCACAAAGCACCACAAACCGUUGGAAAUGGACAAAGACUCGCCGAAGUGCUCCUGUGACAUCAAUCAGAGGUACUUUAUGAAAUAAGCACAUCUGAAGACCACGGCAUCCAGCAGAGCUUCACCAAUGGUUAGAGGUGACAUAGAAUAGUCACAUUACGUAUUAGGACACCCGUUAGCGUACUUCAUAAACCUUGAUAUAAAUGCAUGGUCCCUCUCAAAAUGGACUUGUCUACUUAGAAUAUUAGAUAUUUGUAUAUUUAUCUUCCUACCUCGGCAAAUGUCACAUCUAUAGGGAGGUCUAUUAUUACCUUUACCGGUUCAAACUUUGGAAGUUUCAGGUAUUUAUCAAUUUAUUUUAUUUUUCUUGUUACAAUGUUAUUGUAAUUGCUUUGAUUCAAAAGUGUGAACUAGGAUUUAAUUACAAGUAAUAAAACAUUACUUACAUAAAUCAGUUUUUUUAUUAUCUUCUUUUAUAACAUUCAUUUUUUCGGGUUAGUGUAGGUACCUUACCUAAAUUAAAUCGGGGGACUUGGGUAGGUCUACGGGUAAAAGUUGGAUUAAUAAAUUACUGGCGAAUAUAUUUCAGGAUGGUGGGACUGCGGGUAAAAAUACCCCGUACCACCAGGCGUUGGGACAAAGUAGGAGUAGCACUGGUAAAUGAAAAUUAUAAUUCAUACCUACUUAAGGAAUGCACGCACACAGAGAAAUAAAACUGCGAAUAUUUUUAUUCUCUUUUUAAUCUCAUCCAUAUCAAAUUACUGAACAAAGUUUUUAGUUGGUACAUCGUAUUGUGUCUAAUUAUUUCAUUUCCUAUAAAAUAUAAAUUGGCGUGGCACCAUCGAAGACAAGAUAUCUAAAUGGCUGUGAUAUUUUAUCUCCAUGAUUAUCACUGCACCAUCAAAAACCCCUAUAACCAGACGAUUUCGAAUCGUAUUAUCCCAUCACUAACAAUCCAGCCAGUGUUAACAUAAAUGAUAUAAUUUUUAGUCUUAUUUAAAUAUCUAAUAUAAUUCUACUUGAUACAAUUAUUUUAUUACCAUAAUCUAUAUACAAGUAAAUACAAGCUAUAUUAUAUUUGAUUACAAGCUGUUAUAUGUUUGGAAGUGAUUAUAACACCACUUCUUAAAUUGAUGGCAUGUUAAGUAAGUAUUUUAACUGCUAUUACAUUCCUUAAAAGAACUAUAUCAAGUUAUAUCACACUUUUACUGUACGUACAUGGCAAAUUAUAUAAUUGGCUAUUGAAGCUGGACCUGGUUUCCGUAUAAAGGGUCAUCUGUCCAAGUACAAUUGUUUUGUGUGAAUUAGGAUGGCGGGUGUAAAGACACAAAAACAAAUAUGUUAUAUACGAAAAGAGCAUACUAGUUGUGUACCUAAACGUACCUUAUGAAAUUGAGUCAACCUCCAAGGAACAAAAACAAUAAUCCAGCUAGUCGCAGUUUUGACGGUCUGAAUGGCGGGUAAAAGCUGAAAGCUUUUGAUUUACACUAUAAAUUUAUUUUUAGUUGCAAUGAAGUUUAAAUAAAUAAAUAUAUAAUUUUUAAUUACUACUCAAAAUGUAGCUUUGAACGUAAGCGUGAGAUCUAAGCAGUAACAUUUCAAAAAUAUACCGAAAAAAGUAAGAAAAUCGGGUAAUACGUUCCAUUAGAAUCCUACUAAUAUUAUAAAUGCGAAAGUUUGUAUGUAUGGAUGUUUGUUAC